CAAACGAACUCAUCAGGUUCAGUGAGUUGAUAGAAAAAGUGAGAGAUUGGUGAAGAGGUGAUUAACAUCUAAAAGAAGUUGCUAGAUAUUUGUUGUGAUGGCAGCAGAUUGGGGUCCAGUGGUGAUAUCAGUGGUGCUGUUUGUGCUGUUAAGUCCAGGGCUACUGUUUCAGCUUCCAGCCAAGGGCAAAGUGGUGGCUUUUGGGAGCAUGCAAACUAGUGGUCUAUCUAUCUUAGUCCACACCAUCAUCUUCUUUGGACUCAUCACCAUCUUUCUACUUGCCAUUGGCGUGCACAUUUACUCUGGAUAAUCAAUCAUCUCCUACCAAUCUCCCACCAUUUCUUUUCUUUUUUUUCUCUAUGAUUUCUCUUUUCCUUUUUCUCCUUCUUCACUCUGCUUUCAAUUGUUUUCUCCUCUCGUAACCCUUAAGAUGUCAUCAAGGAUUCAUGGCUUAAUUUAAUUUCUUCUUUCAUUUUA